AUGAAUGGGAAAUGUGGAGCUCAACUAGCUGGAACAGAAGAGGUAUUUGAUGCAAAGACGCUUCGCCCCUGGCCCCUCUCAAUUUUAAUCCAAUUAUCCCUCUUUCACACGCCUCCUCUCACUCCAGCGACAACUGUGAUACAUGAUGUUAAAAUGGAGAGAAGUCUCAUCUCCAUUACGCACAAUCCUCGCCUCCCUUCUCUCUAUCAACAAUCUGCAUCGACCACCGACACCAUCGUUACAUUGCCUUCCGUCUUCCGUCGGCGCUGCUCCAACGCUUGUUGUCGAAAUGGUUUUGGUUUGGGAAACUAUUCAAAUGGAGCGUGUGGUGGUGAUGGGCAUGGUGGCAGAGGGGUCUGUUGGCUAUGUUGCUGGAGGAGGAAUGAUCGUGAUGGGAUCUAA